UCUCCCCCACCUCUUCCCUCCUCCUCUCCUCCUCCUCUCUCCCCCUCUCCUCUCUCCUCCUCUCCUCCCCCCAGUACCUUCACGGUGCCGCCAGAUGAGGACCUCCCCACCCCCAUACAGGAGUCCCAGCCUCUCCUCACCACAGUCCAGCCUGUCACCCCACUCCUAGACACCCAGCCUCAAUCAACCAAUGUUCAGGCAGCCUCUGCAACCCUUUCUACUACCCCUAUCGCCCUUCCUAAGCACCCCCCUAUACCCACCGAAAGUGUCCCUAUGUCCCCUACCCCCUCCUCAUUUCUAUCUCCACCCACGUUAGCCCUGCCCUCAACCCCCAGCUUUACCCAGCCCACCCAGGAGUUUCUGCCACGGCUGGAGCCUCCAACCACAAUGCCUGUCCUAGACAUCCGCAGGCAGGUCCAGCCCCAGCCCCAGCCCCAGCCCCAGCCCCAACCAAACAUCCUCACCGAGCCCAACAGACAGGUCAAAACAGGUCAGUCACAAAGCCCACAGGACAGAGAUGGGAUGGACACAGACAGUGAUGAUGAUGACACUGCUGUUCCUCUACGACGUCACAUGACUCAGCCCUGGGGGAUUGUGGGAAACCCUUCUCAUAAAGAGUCUGGUUCCUCCAAUCAGCGAGAGGUACUGCUUCACUCCUCCUGCCAACCAACUGAGAGACAGACAGACUGUCCAAUCAGCCACAAGAAUUCACAGGAGCUGGACCUGUCCUUCAAAUACAACUUGGGCUCCUGCAAUGAGUCGGAGAGUGAGGGAUCAGUGCCAGAGUUGGAAGAACCAGAGAGGGUGCCACUGAGAUCCUCAGAACCCCAGCCCAUCUCUCCUGCUGAUGAGGGGAUUAACAGACCUAAGCAGAGCCGCAGUGAGAAGAAGGCCCGCAAGGCCAUGGGUAAGCUGGGCUUGCGGCCGGUCCACGGUGUGACCAGGAUCACUAUAAGGAAGUCGAAGAGCAUCUUGUUUGUCAUCAGCAGACCUGACGUCUUCAAGAGCCCCGCGUCAGACAUCUACAUCGUGUUUGGAGAGGCCAAGAUAGAGGACCUGUCUCAACAGGUGCACAAGGCAGCGGCAGAGAAGUUUAAGGUCCCGGUGGAGGCCUCCCCACUGGUGCCCCCUGCACCACCCAGCCUCACCAUCAAGGAGGAGAGCGAGGAGGAGGAGGUGGACGAGGGAGGUUUGGAGCAGAGGGAUAUAGAGCUGGUGAUGGCCCAGGCUAACGUGUCCCGUUCUAAAGCUGUCCGCGCCCUCAGACACAACACCAACGACAUCGUUAACGCUAUCAUGGAACUGACAAUGUGAGAGGACCCCCACCAAGCAUAAAUGCCACAGUCACAUCUGUAUCGCUGCUAUGUUGCAUUCUCCCUACCUGCUAAUAAACAGUCUGUUAUAACCACA